AUGACUUACAGUGCGGAGAACCCCCAAAAGCCUACCUGCAACCACAACCACCCUAGACCCUUUGAAGGACAAAGAGGCCCUGGCAAAAGCCCCAUGGGUCUUGUCACUAUGCCUGCUGCCACUGCGAAGAAAGGAAAGGGUGUGUCCAUGGCGGAAGAACCAGACCCUGAAGUGAUAUCUCCUACACUCCACAAUCCAAUGUCUUCCUCUGGGCCUGUCCUCACAGGUCCCCACACUCUGGAUCACUCGACUAUAGAAGGGCCUUCUUCGAAUCCUGCUGCUUCUUCAAGUGUGAGUCAAUUACCAAAGGCUGGUAAAUCUGUCUCUAAUCCUCCCGCCACUCCUAGGAGUGCAAGUAAUACUAGACAAGGCAUUCAGAACAAAGGAACAUGCAAGCCUUUGACCACGGGUGUGAGUAAGAAUGCUGCCUCAGUCCCAGAAGGACCUCCUCGUAACAAGCCAGCCUUAGUAGAUGAUUUACUGAACCUGCAAGCAGCUAUGCAGCAUUCAAUGGCUGAGGGCAGGACCCAGCCUUCUGUGUCCAGUCAAACAGAGGAGGACAAAACUGAGACCACACCUGAAGAUCGUGGUAGUAUGUCCAAAUUCAACACGAUCUUCUGGGACAUCGAGCCCUACAGAGAGCUGCCAGUUUGGGCUGAGCCCAUUAUGCAUUUGUCUGCCCACAUGUUCGGUGUGUUUGACCCAGCUGCAGAUGAAGACGUCCUAGUUCCCUUAGGCGCUAUAGAUGGAGUCCUGCCUGGUCAUACAAAAUACAAAUGUGACUGGUUAAGAAGUGCCCUUGAGCAAGGCCACAGGGUGCUUUUCAUAAUUAAGCCUGUGUGCUUUCAAUAG